GCUCCGUCAUAUUUCAUCUCACACUGAAUGGGUAGCUAAAAAAUCGUGCACGAAGAUCUCUCCGAUUCGCAAACCCUAGAAAUCUUGGAGUCAAUUUGGAUUUGAAAAAUGGCGGGGACGCUAACUGGCUUGCAAGAUCACUUGAAAUUAGCCAGAGAAUAUGCAAUUGAAGGCGUUUAUGACACUUCCAUUAUUUUCUUUGACGGUGUCAUUGCUCAGAUCAACAGGCAUUUAACUACACUUGAUGAUCCACUUAUUCGUUCCAAGUGGAUGAAUGUAAAGAAAGCUCUAUUAGAAGAAAGUGAGAUUGUGAAGCAAUUGGAUACUAAGCGAAAUGCUUUCAAGGAGACUCGGAUGGGUAGACGACCUUCUUCACCCCCAAUUUCGACCAAGUCAUCAUUUGUUUUUCAACCACUAGACGAGUAUCCAACUUCCUCAGGGGCUCCUUCCAUGGACGAUCCUGAUGUAUGGAGACCGCCUAGUCGGGACACAACAAGUAGAAGAUCAACUAGAGCUAGUCAAGUGGGUAUGAGAAAGUCAGGUCAAGAUGAUAAUUGGGAUCGUGGCCCUACAAGAAGUGGAACUACUGGUCGUGGAGCAAAGGCGGGUUCUAAUAGGGCUAACUCAGGAGCUAGGUCCACUACUUCUACCACUACUGGGAGAAAAGGCAAUGGACCGGGGAAGUCUAAUUCCGGGAAGGCAGAUUCUGUGAAUGGUGAUUCUGAAGAUGGUAAAUCAAAGCGUGGAGUGUAUGAAGGGCCUGACCAGGACUUAGCUGCUAUGCUUGAAAGGGAUGUAUUAGAAAAUACCCCUGGAGUUAAAUGGGAUGAUGUUGCAGGGCUGAGCGAAGCAAAAAGACUUCUGGAGGAAGCUGUGGUUCUUCCCUUGUUAAUGCCUGAAUAUUUUCAGGGAAUUAGGAGGCCAUGGAAAGGUGUUCUUAUGUUUGGCCCUCCUGGUACCGGGAAAACACUCCUAGCUAAAGCUGUUGCGACAGAGUGUGGAACGACCUUUUUCAAUGUUUCUUCUGCUACACUUGCUUCAAAGUGGCGAGGAGAAAGUGAACGCAUGGUUCGGUGCUUGUUUGAACUUGCAAGAGCAUAUGCACCAAGUACUAUAUUUAUUGACGAGAUUGAUUCUCUUUGCAAUUCGCGAGGGGCUUCAGGGGAGCAUGAAUCAUCUAGAAGGGUUAAGUCUGAACUGUUGGUACAAGUAGACGGUGCAAAUAAUACAGGCACUAAUGAAGAUGGCAGUCGCAAGAUAGUGAUGGUUUUGGCAGCGACAAAUUUUCCAUGGGACAUAGAUGAGGCACUAAGGAGGCGGCUGGAAAAGCGAAUAUACAUUCCUCUUCCUGAUGCUGAGAGCCGUAAGGAGCUUAUAAAGAUCAAUCUAAAAACUGUUGAGGUGGCUUCUGAUGUUGAUAUUAAUGAAGUGGCUCGCCGAACAGAGGGAUACAGUGGAGAUGAUUUGACAAAUGUGUGCCGUGAUGCUUCCAUGAAUGGCAUGAGACGUAAGAUAGCAGGGAAGACUCGCGACCAAAUUAAGAACAUGUCUAAGGAGGAGAUUUCUAAAGACCCUGUAGCGAUGUGUGAUUUUGAAGAAGCCAUAGCCAAGGUUCAGCCAAGUGUUUCUUCAACCGAUAUAGAGAAACAUGAAAAGUGGUUUUCAGAAUUCGGAUCUGCUUAAAAGGAGAAUAGGUGGUUUCUUUAUGCCCCCCACUACUUAUUUGAGGAUUUCCCCCCCUCCAAGUUCCAAUAUAUUGUAUGACUAUUAAAAAGCUGUAAUUUUGUUAAUUUUUGAUGCACUUAUACAGUGAGUUGACAACAGUUCACACAUUCGUGCAUUUAGACAGUAGUUCUACAGUUGCUCCUCAAUUCAUUCAUCAAAUUGUUGUACAUUACAAACUUUCCAAGUUCAGACAAUGAUUAUGUAAUUUGCUUUGUUUGUUGUGA